AACCUGUUUUACCAUUUCGAGCAAAUAAUGUCCUCAAGGACCUUACUUUGUGCACAGUCAUGCAGGAACAAACAAAAAAAAAAGUUUGAAACUGUUCCGACUCAGCAUAUUUUUUAUGUCUAGUUAAAAUGAAGAAUUAAGAUUCAUUGUGAACUCAGGAAUGUUGUCCAAGCCCUCACAAUUAAGAGGUGUUUCCAGAACCUUUGUCCAUAUACUGCAUCUUUACAUUGAGUUGGUAUUAGGUGUGUGUGUGUUUAUAUAUACACAUACACACACAGCGUGUGAAAUAAGUAUUUAACACGUCACCAUUUUUCUCACUAAAUACACUUUCAAAGGUGCUAUUGACCUGAAGAUUUUACCAGAUGUUAGGAACAAUUCAAGUAAUCCAUACAUACAAAGAAAGUUGAACAAAUAAGCCUAGAAAUUAAGUUGUGUGUAAAAAUGUGAAAUGACACAGGGAGAAAGUAUUGAACACAUGAAGAAAAGGAGGUGCAAAAAGGCAUGGAAAGCCAAGACAACACCUAAAAUCUAUCAAUAAUCAAAUGGCAAUCCAGCCACUUGUCAGUAAAAAGGAAUAUCAGCUGGUUCAGUCCUAAUAGAUGGCCUACAAAAAGGUCUCAUUGCCAAGGUGUGAGUCAUGACACAUCUCAUGAUGGGUAAGAGAAGAGAGCUGUCUCAAGACCAUCGCAAAGAAAUUGUUGCAAAACAUAACGAUGGCAGUGGUUACAGGUGCAUAUCUAAGCUUCUGAACGUUUCAGUGAGCACGGUUGAGGCCGUAAUACGCAAGUGGAAAACCAAUCGUACCACCAUAAAUUUGCCUCAAUCAGGUGCUGUUUGCAAGAUUUCUGACAAAGAAUAAUGCAAAGAAUAAUCAAAAAAGUUGUCCAAGAGCCAAGGACCACCUGUGGAGAGCUUCAAAAAGACCUGGAAUUAGCAGAUACUGUUGUCACAAGGAAAAUGUCAAUUGUGUUGGGUCUGAAUCGAUCAGACUACAUGCUGGACCAGAAGGAGGAUGGACCAAUGUCUCUAAAACAGAUCGAGAUCAACACCUUUGCUGCUAGUUUUGGAGGCCUCUCCUCACGCAUGCCUGAUGUACACCGACACACCCUUCAGGUGGCUGGCAAGCUGGAAGAGAACCUGCGCAUCAUUGACAACAACCCUGCAGUGGGUCUGGCCAAGGCUGUGGCCAAGGCCUGGGAGCUCUAUGGAUCAAAGCGAGCGGUUGUCAUGUUCUUGGUGGAGGAGAAUCAGAGGAAUAUCUUGGAUCAACGAUUUAUUGAGAAUGAGCUGUGGAAAAGGAAUAUUGCCACCAUACGAAAGCGUUUUGAGGAUGUCUCUGAAUCCGGAAAACUUGAUCAGGACAAGAGACUGUUUGUUGAAUGUCAAGAAGUUGCAGUGGUCUACUUCAGGAAUGGCUACAUGCCUCAAAACUACAAGUCUGAAAAGUCCUGGGAGGCUCGCCUGAUGAUAGAGUGCUCUUUGGCUGUGAAGUGUCCAGAUAUCAGCACCCACCUGGCUGGAACUAAGAAGGUCCAGCAGGUGCUUGCGAAGCCCGGUGUUCUGGAAAAGUUCUUCCCUGACCAGCUGCAAGUGGUGGAGCAAGUCAGGGCCACCUUUGCUGGCCUUUACACUCUCGACAUGGGAGCAGAAGGCGACAAAACAGUUGCAAUGGCUUUGGCAACACCAGACCGAUUUGUCCUGAAGCCUCAGCGAGAGGGAGGAGGAAACAACAUUUACGGACAAGAGCUCUGUGAGGUUUUGGGCAAAGUGAAGAACAGUGCAGAGAGAAUGGCCUUUAUUCUGAUGGAUAAGAUCCAGCCCGUUUCUACACAGAAUUACCUGCUGAGAAGAGGCACGCCCCUCAAAAUCAGUAAUUGUCUCAGUGAGCUGGGCUUCUUUGGAGCCUACGUCAGGCAGGGUGAAGACAUGGUGAUGAACGAUUGUGUGGGCCAUCUUCUGAGGACCAAGAGUUCAGAACACUUGGAUGGUGGUGUAGCUGCAGGAGUUGCAGUGUUGGACAACCCACUCCUCUUCUGAGAAUGUACACUUACAUCUGGGCUACAAUAGAGGCACUUAAAUGCACCAGCUUUUUACAUUUGUUUUAAUAGUAGUUUCCACUUCUACCUCAUGCAAAUCCAUGUUGAUAAAAGAUGAAGUCAAGUUUGAGGCAAUGCUCAAAAUGUUCAAUUUAAUGUUAAUCAACAUUCCUGAUAGCCGUGAUUUAUUUUCUGUUUCUGUUUUCUGGGACGGUGCUGCGGGUCUGGGUGGAGCAGCCCUCUUCGUCAGUGGUUGUCCGCCCAGAUGGGCCUGACCUGCAGGAGCCAUGCCUCUUAAUCACUCACACCACUCACUGGAUAUAUUUUUCUCACUAAUCACAUCUGGGAACAUAUACAGUGGGUAUGGAAAGUAUUCAGACCCCCUUAAAAUUUUCACUUUUAUAUUGUAGCCAUUUGCUAAAAUCAUUAUCAUUAUUAAGUUAUUUUUCCCCCCUCAAUGUACACACAGCACCCCAUAUUGACAUUAAAAAAAAUGUAAUUGUUGAAAUUUUUGCUGAUUUAUUAAAAAAAGAAAACCUGAAACAUCA